AUUCCGGAGAUUGGCGCUGCUCUGCCAGAAUCAGUGGGCCCUCGAGUGGAAAAAGACGUGAACCUUCUUUUGUAUAUGGACAACACCAACGCUGUAGUUCAAGAAUAAAUUUAAAAUGGCACCCAAAAGAGGUAAAGCGCCUAAAGAAGAGGCUCAGGUGUCCCUUGGACCUCAAGUAAGAGAAGGAGAGAUUGUUUUUGGCGUUGCCCAUAUUUUCGCCAGUUUUAACGACACCUUCGUCCAUGUGACGGAUUUGUCUGGCCGGGAAACCAUCGCCCGUGUCACUGGAGGAAUGAAGGUGAAGGCUGAUCGUGAUGAAGCUUCACCCUACGCUGCUAUGUUGGCAGCCCAAGACGUUGCUGAAAAAUGUAAGACUUUGGGUAUCACUGCCCUUCACAUCAAACUUCGUGCUACCGGAGGUAACAAAACCAAGACACCAGGACCUGGUGCGCAAUCAGCCCUACGUGCUCUCGCACGUUCAAACAUGAAAAUCGGCAGAAUUGAAGAUGUCACGCCUAUUCCAUCUGAUUCAACACGAAGGAAGGGUGGUCGUCGUGGAAGACGUUUAUAAACCAUUUAUUUUCUACCAUUUCUUUGCGACGUCGAAUAAAACGUUUGUUGAAAAAUACUAAAA